CUCCUCCACUCUCUCUUCCCCAAAAGCACGCUUCUUUCUCUCUCCUCACUUUCUCUCUCUUCUUUCUCUCUCCUCGAGCUAUAUAAUAAGCGCGGAGCUCCCCCCACUUUUUAAAAAAUGCGCAAGGACUCGUAGAGGACAAAUUUAAUUUAUUUUUUUUUUUAUUUUUAGUCGUUGCCUCUUCUCUCUCUCCUCGCUCCUCUCUCUCUUUCUCUCUCUAGAACCGGCACCUUCGCCGGAGAGUUCGCCGGAAUCCUGUCGGAGGGUUUUGGGGCGGCGGAUCCGGCGAGGCGAUUGGUGAGGUGGUUGCUGAUCGGAGUGGAUUGGGGGUGUGGUGAGAGGUGGGGAUCUCGUGAGAGAACUCGGCUCGGUUGGAUGAUUGGAUUCGAUUUUGGGGUGUUUGAGGGGUGUUUUGGUGGUUGGGGGAUUUUCUGGGCGGCGUUAUCGGGAGUGUUUGGGAAGGGAGUGGCCAUGGCGGAGGAGUGGGCGGAGUGGGAUCGGUUCCCGGUGGGGUUGAAGGUGCUCGUCGUGGACGACGACGACACCUGCCUCACGAUCCUGAAGCAGAAGCUCCUCCGGUGUUGCUACGACGUCACAACUUGCUCUGAGGCUACAAAAGCAUUAUCUCUACUUCGCGAAAGCAAGGGUGGAUUUGACGUCGUAAUAAGCGAUGUUCAUAUGCCUGAUAUGGAUGGAUUCAGACUACUUGAACUUGUUGGCCUAGAAAUGGAUCUUCCUGUUAUCAUGAUGUCCGCUGACACAAGAACCAGUCUCGUGAUGAAAGGAAUAAAACAUGGAGCAUGCGAUUAUUUAAUCAAACCUGUGCGAAUUGAAGAGCUGAAAAACAUAUGGCAACAUGUCUUUCGGAAAAAACAAAAAGAAUAUGAACCAUCAGGGGGUAGUUUGGAAGAUUCAAACCGUAACAACAAUAAGAAAGCCUGUGAUGAUGCUGAUUAUGCUUCCCUUGGUAAGGAAGGAGCUGACGGCUCAUCAAAGUCUCAAAAAAAGAGGAGGGAUGUUAAAGAAGAAGAUGAUGGCGAAUUGGAAAAUAGUGAUCCUUCUUCUUCGAAGAAGCCACGAGUAGUGUGGUCAGUUGAGCUCCAUCAGCAAUUUGUUCAUGCGGUGAACCAUCUUGGAUUCGAUAAGGCUGUCCCCAAGAAAAUUCUUGAAUUGAUGAAUGUACCUGGUCUAACAAGGGAAAAUGUUGCUAGUCAUUUACAGAAGUUCAGAUUGUAUUUAAAGAAAAUGAGUGAAGUAUCUCAGCAACAAACCCCACAUCAUAAUUCUUUCUCUGGGCUCCCUUCAAAUGUUAGAGCAAAUACACUGAAUCAACUUGAUCUUCAAUCUUGGACUGUAUCAAGCCAAAUCACUCCACAAACCUUAGCCGCGUUUCAAAAUGAGCUCCUAGGCCAACCUUCAAACAACUUAAUAUUGUCUGGAACAGACCAACCAUCUCUUCGACAAGUUUCAGUUCAAGCACCUAAUCUGGAAAGUGAAAGAGUGUUUAGCUGGCCUAUACUGAAAUCCCAGCCCAACUUAUCCAGACAACUCUCUCAAGCCAGUGCCAUUCCUGUUGAGGGUAUUUCCAGUGCUUUUCCAUCUUGGUCCUGUGAUGACCUUUCAGGGCAAAUUACUAAUUCUCGCAAUAGUACCACGAUGUCCCAGAUCUUACAACAACAACAACAGGGAUUCGACUCUUUUGACCUGGGAAAGAAUUCUAUGCUCAUUAAUCAGAACCCAGUUUUACCGACUUCUUCCACGAAUCAGGAUCCUAAUUUUUCCCUUUCUCAAUCAUCGGCGAGCAUAAAUGCAGCUAGUAGUUGCGGGCUACUAGACCAAAAGUUUAUCAUUGCUAACACAAAUGUCGAGACACGGUGUGAUCCUUUCCAAAUGAGUCAACAUUCUAUGAAAGUCACAUCUCAAGCAUCAAGUGAUCUUCUAUCUCAGAACUCAAGCUAUAACAAUAGCAGCAUUGGUAUCAUGGAUUACAGCCUUCUCAUGCCACAAUCAAAGAGUGUACGAUUUGGUGUGGGACAAGUUGUAGCAAACAGCUACUCAGUUCCGGAAUUGGAUUCUUCACAUGUCUCUUCUUGUAUUGAUGAUGCUAUUUGGGGGCAACUACGAAACUUGGAUUGGAAUAUAAACAAUCUCACAAGUGGGUCACCUUCUCUGGUGCCUAAUUCAUGCAAUAUCCAGAAUUCAAGUGGGCUUUUGAGUAACUUGCCCAAUCCAAGACAAGGGAGAAGCAGUCUUGGUUUUGUUGGUAAAGGAACUUGUAUACCUAGCCGAUUUGCUAUAAAUGAUGUUGAAUCUCCUACCAAUAAUUUGAGUCAUAGUAAUACCUGCACUGAUGAUGGAGGAGACAUGCCGAAUGCAGUUCGUUUUGGAUUAAAUGGCCAGCUUUGAAAGCGGAAAGUUCUAUACCUUGGUCAAAUUGGCUACUCCAGGAACCAAAUUCCUCCCUCUUUAUCUUCUCUCUCCCUCUCUCUCUCUUUUUUUGCCUCUUCGGUUAUGUUGGUUUGAUCUUUCUGUUUGGAUCUAAGAUUAUAUGGAAUUGUUCUAACUUCUCUUUAGAAAUAAGGUUGGUGAAUCCAUAGCUUCUUCUCAUUAAGUUGUUCAUAGUUUCUGCAAGGUCAUGCCCCCUUUUUUGGCUGUGGUAGAUGUGUUCUAACUAGCUGAUUUGCUAGAAUAAUUUUUAUUCCCUUUUCUCGAUUCUGUUGACGAAGCAAUGUAAAUGAACGGUGAUGUAGUUUCAAAACACUGAUGUUAUUCUCAUCAUUGAUCAACAUGUUAAGAUGAAUCUAUGCUCAUGUAACUUCUUUUAGUUUUA